AUGUCUCCCCUUCUGCGCAAUAUACAUGGCAUCAUCUGUGCUUUUGAGAAGUAUGCCAAGGAUGAUGGGGACUGUAGUACCUUGAGCAAGGGAGAGCUGAAACAGCUGAUCCAGAAGGAGUUUGCCGAAGUCAUUGUGGACCCGUAUGAUCCCAGGACAGUCGAGACAGUGCUCCACCUUCUAGACACCGACUGUGACGGCAAAGUGGGUUUUGAAGAGUUCGCAGUCCUGCUCUUCAAAGUGGUCAAAGCCUGUUAUAAAAAAGUGCAAGAAUGCCAGGGGCCAGCAGAUGGACCCACCAGGAAGGACCACAACAGCACGCAGCAGCAGGAGAUCCGCCCUCCACAAGUGUCACCCCGUCCUUGUCAAAAACUUGUAGCCCCCAAGAAAGUUCUAGAUGCUGAGGACCUGUCUCAAGGACAGGGAAAGGAGAAGCCCAGACUGGAGAUGACGUGUGAUAAGCCAGGUCGGGAGCAGCCCCAGCAGGAUCCUAGGCACCCCACAACCCAAGCUUCCAGCGUGCAGUCGGUUCAGAAAGUGAUUGAGGAUCUGAUAAGGGGGAAUCCCACCUACCAGACUUCUCAGGUAGAAUUGAGAACCGAGCAGGACCCUGCUCAGGAGCAUCAAAAUGUGGUUCCACCCAGGAGCCGAUGUCUUCAGAAACCCCUCAGCCCAGAUCAAGAACCAAGUCAAGAUGUUCUACAGAACGUGACCCAGCCAUCAUCCCAACAACAUCAGCUGGAGGAGCGUCGCAACACCAGGCAGAAGGAAGUGACUUCCCAAGCAUUGAUGCAAGAAAGACAAACUCAGCAGUCAGCUCAAGAAAUGGAGCAAAUUCCAGCUGGGAAAGCAACCCAGGAACCAUUGCAAGAAACUCUUCAAGGGUCAUCUGAGAGAAGGAACCAGCAAGUGCAAGUUGAAGAAAAGAGAUCAGCAUUUGGGCACACUGGGAACUCACAGGCGGCCAAAAUUUGUGACCAAGAAUCCCAUUCUGUCCCACUUGGACAGCAUCAGACUGGCCAAGAGAGACGUCAGUCUCAGGGAGUUGGGCAGGGUUCAGUUGCCCAACAGGGCCAAGAAGUUCAAGCUUCAGGACAGGUCAUAAGUGGACCCCGAGAACAUCAGAUGUUAACACCGCAGGUCCACCAACUUCAUGAAGAAAGGGAAAGGAAGCCCCCAGCAUUAGGACAAGGCCAAUCAGAGCAGGGGGCUUUGCCUCAAGAGGUCAUCAGGCCUCAAGUGGCUGAGAGGAACCCAGGUUGCUUCAUGGCCAGCAGUCAGAAGAAGACAUAUCCACCUCUGUUCUGUGGUGGUAUCCACCUAUGA